AAAUUUCGGUUCGGUGUUCGAAAAUCAGAAGGCGAGUGGAGUGGACAGAACAGAACAUCGUAGGCAGAAACAAAAACAAAACCCUCUUUCUCCUCUUCUCAACGCUCGACUCUCAACUCUCAACUCUCAACUCUCUGCUUUGUCUUCGUUAAAGUCCAUGAAAGACGUCUGAAACGACACCGUCUUAUCAAGAGAGGAAUUAUGGCUCAAAAGCCUCACCUGCAACUCAAGGAGCUGGGAUCCAAGCUCGAUACCCUUCCCUCCUCCAAAGACGCUCUCAUCAAGCUCUUGAAGCAAGCAACCACAUGCCUUGCUGAGCUGGAUCAGUCACCUUCAGCUUCAACAUUGGAGUCAAUGAAGCCUUUUUUUAAUGCAAUUGUUAAGCCAGACUUGCUGAAGCACCAAGAUAGGGAUGUCAAGCUUCUAGUUGCAACAUGUGUUUGUGAGAUAACUCGAAUUACUGCACCUGAAGCUCCUUAUAGUGAUGAAAUUCUAAAGGAUACUUUUCAGUUGAUUGUGGGAACUUUUAGUGGUCUAAGCGAUACCAAUGGUCCAUCCUUUGGCCGAAGAGUUGUUAUAUUGGAGACUCUUGCAAAAUAUAGAUCGUGUGUUGUGAUGUUGGAUCUUGAAUGUGAUGAUCUGGUGAAUGAAAUGUUCAGCACUUUCUUUGCGGUUGUCAGAGAUGAUCAUCCAGAAAGUGUUCUGUCAUCCAUGCAAACUAUAAUGGUGGUUCUUUUAGAAGAGAGUGAGGAUGUUCGUGAGGAUCUUUUAUCUAUUCUACUGUCUAAAUUAGGCCGAGAAAAAAAAGGUGUUAAUAUGGCUGCAAGGAGGCUUGCCAUGAAUGUUAUACAGCAAUGUGUAGGAAAACUUGAACCCAGCAUUAAACAAUUUUUGCUAUCGUUAAUGUCUGGAGAUUGCAAGCCAGUAAACAGUCAAGUUGAAUAUCAUGGAGUUAUCUAUGAUCUGUAUUGCUGUGCUCCUCAGAUCCUAUCUGGAGUUCUCCCUUAUGUGACUGGAGAGCUACUGACUGACCAGCUGGAAAUCCGUUUGAAAGCAGUGAACUUGGUUGGUGAUAUAAUUUCUCUUCCUGGAUCUUCUAUUCCUGAAGCAUUUCAGCCUAUAUUUUCAGAAUUUUUAAAGAGGUUGACUGAUAGAGUUAUUGAGGUUCGCAUGUCUGUCCUUGAGCAUGUAAAGAACUGCCUGCUGUUAAAUCCUUUUGGAGCUGAAGCUCCUCAAAUGAUAUCUGCCCUUUGUGAACGACUGCUGGAUUUCGAUGAAAAUGUUCGAAAGCAAGUUGUGGCUGUUAUCUGUGAUGUGGCACGUCAUGCGCUAAAUGCAGUUCCACUUGAAACUGUGAAACUUGUUGCAGAACGGCUUCGUGAUAAAUCUCUACGUGUUAAAAAGUAUACAAUGGAGAGAUUGGCUGAAGUGUAUAGAGUUGUUUGUGAGAAGAGCUGUGACAGUGUCAAUCCCAAUGAAUAUAACUGGAUUCCUGGGAAGUUCCUUAGAUGUUUUUAUGACAAAGAUUUCAGAUCUGAUAUUAUUGAAUCUGUUCUAUGUGGGUCCCUAUUUCCAGUAGAUUUUUCAAUUGGUGCUAUUGUUAAACAUUGGGCUGGGAUUUUCUCUGGAUUUGAUAAAGUGGAGGUGAAGGCUCUUGAAAAGAUACUGGAGCAGAAACAAAGGUUACAGCAAGAGAUGCAGAGGUAUCUAUCUCUCAGGCAGAUGAGUCAGGGUAAAGACAUUCCCGAGGUCCAGAAAAAGAUUCUUUUCUGUUUCAGAAUAAUGUCCCGUUCAUUUGCUGACCCCAUAAAGGCUGAAGAGAGUUUCCAGAUUCUUGAUCAAUUAAAAGAUGCCAAUAUCUGGAAGAUUUUGACAAAUCUUGUAGAUCCAAGUACUGGCCUCCAUCAAGCUCGUGCCUCCCGGGAUGAUUUGCUUAAAAUACUUGGCGAAAAACAUCGUCUUUUUGAAUUUCUGAAUAUCUUCUCUGUGAAGUGCUCCUAUUUGCUUUUCAACAAGGAGCAUGUAAAGGCAAUUCUUUUAGAAAUAGUAGCUCAAAAAUCUGCACAAAAUGAUCAGCAUGCACAAUCUUGCCUUAAUAUAUUGGUGAUGAUUGCUCGCUUCAGUCCAUUGCUUCUUAGUGGCAGUGAGGAGGAGCUGGUGAAUUUACUGAAAGAUAAUAAUGAUACAAUUAAAGAGGGUGUUUUGAAUGUUUUAGCAAAAGCUGGUGGUACUAUUCGUGAACAGCUUGCAGUCACAUCAAGUUCUGUAGACCUUAUAUUGGAGAGAUUAUGUUUAGAAGGGAGUCGGAGGCAGGCAAAGUAUGCUGUCCAUGCACUGGCUGCAAUAACAAAGGAUGAUGGCCUCAAGUCUCUCUCCGUUCUAUACAAGAAACUUGUGGAUAUGCUCGAAGAGAAAACACAUCUGCCUGCGGUACUUCAGUCUCUGGGGUGUAUUGCGCAGACUGCAAUGCCUGUCUUUGAAACUAGAGAGAGUGAAAUUGAAGAAUUUAUAAUAAACAAGAUUCUGAAAAGUGAUAGUAAAGACGAUCACACAAGAACAUCUUGGGAUGAUAGAAGCGAUCUUUGCAUGUUGAAGAUAUAUGGCAUUAAAACAUUAGUAAAGAGCUACUUGCCAGUCAAAGAUGCUCAUGUUCGUCCAGAUAUUGACAGUCUUCUGAAUAUCCUUAGGAAUAUUUUAUCUUGUGGUGAAAUAUCAGAGGACCUAAAGUCAAAUUCAGUUGAUAAGGCUCAUUUGAAGCUUGCUUCUGCAAAGGCAGUUCUUCGUUUGUCAAGGCUUUGGGAUCAUAAGAUAACCAUUGAUCUUUUCCACUUAACUUUAAGGGCAUCCGAGAUUAGCUUCCCUCAAGCUAAGAAAAUUUUCUUGAGUAAAAUUCAUCAAUAUAUUAAAGACCGCCUUUUGGAUGCCAAAUAUGCAUGUGCCUUUUUAUUCAACAUAUUUGGGUCCAAGCCUGAAGAGUUUGCAGAGGAUAAACAGAACCUAGCUGACAUUAUUCAAAUGCACCACCAGUUGAAGGCACGACAACUUUCUGUGCAAUCAGAUACAAAUUCCUUGACCACUUAUCCUGAAUACAUUCUUCCACACCUAGUUCAUGCACUUGCUCACAAUUCAUGUCCCAAUGUUGCUGAGUGCAAGGAUGUUGGAGCAUAUGACAAUAUAUACCGCCAGUUGCAUUUACUACUGUCAAUGCUACUGCAAAGAGAUGAAGAUGCCAAGUCAGAAGUAACUACUGACAAAGAGAAAGAAAUUAUAUCUGCUAUUACUUCUAUCUUUCAGAAUAUCAAACAUUCUGAAGAUAUGGUUGACGCAUCAAAGUCAAAGAAUUCUCAUGCAAUAUGUGACCUCGGGUUGGCAAUAAUCAAACGCUUAGUGCAGAAGGAUGUUGAUUUACAAGGAUUGGCCCAUUUGGUUUCUCUUCCUCCAAUGCUAUACAAAGCAUCAGAGAAGAAGGAAAGGGAUGACACUGUGGAAAGUGAUGUGAAAAGCUGGUUGGUUGAUGAAAGUGUCUUGACUCACUUUGAAUCUCUUGAACUGGAAAUGGUUCCAUCCCAAUCAGCAGAGGAUGAAGCUUCAAAGGUUGACGAGAAAGAUGGAAAUGAAAUACCUCUGCGAAAUAUGUUAAAGAACAUAAAAUUUCAGGGAACUGGUGGCAAAAAGGUGAAAAAGAGUAAGUCUGUGCCAGCUGAAACAAAAAAGGCUGACAAUGAUUUUGAAAUCCUAAAUAUGGUCAGACAAAUUAACUUGGACAACUUGGGGAUGUCAACUAAUGUUGAACCAAGUAAUGGUCAUGAACAUUCUUUGAGUAAGAAGGUGCUGAAGGACCCAGAGCAUGCAACAGGUAAAAAGAGAAAAGCCAGAGAAACAACACCUUAUCCAGUGCCUAAACGUAGGCGGUCUUCCUCUACUCAUGGAAAAUUGAGAUUAUCAACUAGUAUAUCAAAGGCAUCUCGAAGAGUUUCAGACAAAGGUGGAGACUCCCCUCAAGCCAAAUUACUGUUGGAUGCUGAAGUUAACCUUGAUACAAAUAGCAAAACCAUGCAAAGAAAAAAGGUGAAAGGCAGUGAGAAAGAUUUAUUAAUAUCAUCGUUAAAACAAAAAGUUAAGGGCUCUGACAGUUAUCAUGACAAUGAGUCGAAUAAACCUGAUGAGUAUGGCAUGAAGAGUCCAGAUAGUAUAAAACUAAGUGAUAAGAGUAACAAUUACAAGUCCUCCACAGGGUCUACCAAAAAGGGAAAAAGGAAAAGUAUUACAGGGUUAGCUAAGUGCUCAACGAAGGAAGGUGAAAUUGAUACUGAAGAUCUAAUUGGAUGCAGAAUUAAAGUUUGGUGGCCUAUGGAUAAGAAAUUUUAUGGAGGCACUAUUAAGUCUUAUGACUCUUUGAAAGGAAAGCAUGUGAUGUUAUAUGAUGAUGGAGAUGUAGAAAUACUUCGUUUGGAAAAGGAGCGCUGGGAGCUUAUUGAUAAGGGUCGCAAAUUUACUAAGAAGAUAAAACUCUCUUCAAUUGGAGCUUCUGGGAAAAAACAAAAAGAGUCAAGUGGCUCACCAAGUAAAAAGACAAAAAUAGUUAAUGGUAAACAAUCUCCCGGCAAGUCUAUAAAACGUGGACAAAAACGUGCAUCAAAAAGUAGUUUCCAUCAAGAGGAUGCCAAAGAGAUUUCAGAGGUAACAAGUCCUGAAGAGACCACGACCUCUAAAGCUGAUGAUGUGUACUCAGAAGAGGAACUGGCUGGAGGGUCCAAUGACAUCACAACAGAGAAGAAGAAAUCUAGCAAGAAAGUAAAAUCAGUUUCCAAAGGAAAGAGGCUAAAGAAAGAGAAGAGUCUUCGUUAUACAGAAGAAUCGGAUGAAGAGAAGCAAGAUUAUGGUGAGAGGCUCUCUGAAGAUAGGGAGAGUAUCCGACAAAGUAGUUCAGAAGGGAGGGAAGUGGACGAAUCAAGUGAAGCUUUGAGGGAAAAUGUUAAUGGAGAAGAAGAAUCAGAUUCUGAAGGGCAUCAAGAUAACAGUGAGGUGGGGAGUAGUCCUAGAGAAAUGGAGAAAUCACAUGUAGAGCCAUCAAGUCCUGAUGAUGAUCACACAAUUACUGAGAUUUCUGAUGAUGUGCCUCUGAGUAAAUGGAAGCGCAGGACGGGGAAGAAAAGCUCUGGGAAAUAAUGAUGUGCAGUUUAGCUGUUGUAACUUAUGUCUCCCAAGAUUGUAGCAGAGUUGGUGCUGUGGUACAAGUACAGGUGCCAGCAUGAAUGCAGAAGAUGACUGCCAAAUUGGAGAUCUUUAGUUAUUAACACACUAAUAAAUGUGCUUAGCAUGCCUUGUAGAGUGUAAAAUAACAGUAGUCAUUCCCACGUUUAGAAGGAAAAGCAAAAAAUGCAGAAACUUGUGUGUUCUUUAGGACUACGUUACUUCUAAAUGACCUUUUAGUUCAGUGGAUAGGUUUUAGCAUAUGAUUCAUGUAGGUGUCGUUCAUCAUCCUUCCAACGCAGUUGAUAUAAUUGACGAGGGCCAUAGACGAUGUGUACAGCUAUACGUGGGGAUAAUUGCAUUUUGUAUCUUUAGGACUACUGCAUAUUUGUACUUUACCAUAUAAAAUUGAGAAAGAUAACCUUAUCAUCCUCUCCUUAAUU